GAUCCAUGGAAGAGAUCCAUGGAAUGCCUGCCCUCGUGGCUCCGUAUUUGCGUACGCGUCGGCAAAUAUCCAACAAGUUUUCAAGUUUACGCUCGUUGUCAGUGGCUUCGCGAAUACGAGAGAACAGUAGAGAGUCUUUGGAUGAGGAGAGCGUGCCGACGACUUCCAUCCUUCGUGUUUUAGCAUACACUCCAAGGAUCCGCGUCUCACUACUCCCUUCCAGUAUCGCAACGCCGCCGCUUCGCCGUGACGUCGAGUCCGAAGAAUCAUUACGCACGGUGUUCAGGCACCCAGGUACCCAGGCACCCAGGCACCCAGGCAGCCAUAUUCAAGUCGUGCGACUAGUAGUAGGCGCUGCGGCUCGCGCAUGCGUGCCUUCUGUAGACGCACUCCACGUCGACCGUCCUCUCACGAGACCUGCGAGAGACCUUCAAGAUUUCUCUCGAAUUACGUCUCUUCGAUCGUUCUAGCUCUUCUUCUCUCGUGCAAGGAUCAACAGAGCCAUUGCGUGAUCGCGUCGCAUCUCGAAUAAAAAGGGAGCUGACGCUGGCGGGUGGUUCCACACAUGGUUCCACACAUGGUUCCA